UCUCAGAACCAAAAACACAUGAAACCAGCACCACCACCAAAAAGCAAUCGCCCCAGUAACAGUACUUUUUUCUCUGCUUUCUCUUUCAGCUAGGGUUUGCUCUUUAUCCCAAGUUUAGUUCCCUUUGAGAAAAUAAAGGAAAAAAAAGAAGCAAUUUUACAGUUUCCAGAGAUUCCCCACUUGAAAAGGGGAAAAAAAAAAUCUACCUUUGAUUCUUCAGAUAUAUUUUUUCCUAGUACUCAGUCAAUGUCCUUUGUUCUUCACUUCUUCCACUUGGUGCUGUGAAAUCUUCUAAAGGAGAAAAUGAUUCAGGGAUCCAGGAGGUUUCGAAUAGCUUAGAGCAUAAAUGGAAUCUUAAAGAAGAUGAAGAUCCAAGGUACGGUUCUGUUUUGGUGGUCCUAAGGCCGUGAGGGAGAAGUGGGUUUGAUAAAACUUGGGGUGUCUGGUCUUAAAAUUAAAAGCUUGGAUCAUGCUUCAAAGGUGUCUGUUCUGGGAUUUUACUUGUUAGCUGAAUCGAAUCAGUGCUGGACGUUUCUGGGUGUCCCUGUUUUCUCGCUUUUUAUUUCUUGGGAACUGUUUAGGUUUCGGUAGGUUUCCAGCGUUCAGAUCGUUGGGUGUUCUCGUGUUCGUGGUUGUCUCUGAUCUCGAAAGAAUACUGUUUUCUCGUGUUCGUGGCUGUCUCUUGCGGACGAAGCAAAAGUGACUGCGUAACAUUUCAGGCACCCUCAAACUCUUGUACUUUUACCUCUAUCACUGUGAUCCUUCACGUAAAAAAUUUGCAAAUGCUUGCUUUCUCUUGGAGGCGUAUUUGAGGUUGGUCUAACUGCAUCCAGAAAAUAUUCAAGAGUAGUGUUAAAGCUGCUUGUGCAGUUGUGCUGGGUCUGUUCUUACGUUUGGUGUUUGAGAACUCUAAAGUAAUUGACUAUGGCAAUGUCCUGCAAGGAUGGUAAACCAGGAAUGGAUAACGGCAAGUAUGUCCGUUAUACACCUGAGCAGGUUGAAGCCCUCGAGAGGCUUUAUCAUGAUUGUCCCAAACCCAGUUCCAUUCGCCGCCAGCAGCUCAUUCGUGAGUGCCCUAUUCUUUCCAACAUUGAGCCCAAACAAAUCAAAGUCUGGUUCCAGAACAGAAGGUGCAGAGAGAAGCAAAGGAAAGAGGCCUCACGACUUCAAGCUGUGAAUAGGAAGCUGACGGCCAUGAACAAACUUCUGAUGGAGGAGAAUGAUAGGUUGCAGAAACAGGUCUCUCAAUUGGUGUAUGAAAAUGGCUACUUCCGCCAACAUACUCAAAAUACUACGCUUGCAGCCAAAGACACAAGCUGUGAAUCGGCUGUGACAAGUGGCCAACACAGCGUGGCAACUCAGCAUCCCCCAAGGGAUGCAAGUCCUGCAGGGCUCUUGUCCAUUGCAGAAGAGACUUUAGCAGAGUUUCUUUCAAAGGCUACUGGGACUGCUGUUGAAUGGGUCCAAAUGCCUGGAAUGAAGCCUGGUCCGGAUUCCAUUGGAAUCGUUGCUAUUUCUCAUGGUUGCACUGGUGUGGCAGCACGUGCCUGUGGUCUAGUGGGUCUAGAACCCACAAGAGUCGCAGAAAUCCUCAAGGAUCGGCCAUCAUGGUUUCGUGAUUGCCGAGCUGUUGAUGUUCUGAAUGUGCUGCCCACUGCAAAUGGUGGAACCAUAGAGUUGCUUUAUAUGCAGCUAUAUGCCCCAACCACAUUGGCUCCUGCUCGGGACUUUUGGUUGUUGCGCUAUACUUCUGUUCUAGAAGAUGGAAGCUUUGUGAUCUGUGAGAGGUCCCUUAAAAAUACUCAAAACGGUCCAAGCAUGCCUCCUGUGCAGCAUUUUGUGAGAGCUGAGAUGCUGCCUAGUGGUUACCUAAUAAGACCUUGUGAAGGGGGUGGUUCUAUUAUCCACAUUGUUGAUCAUAUGGAUUUGGAGCCAUGGAGUGUGCCAGAAGUGUUACGCCCUCUGUAUGAAUCAUCAACAGUGCUAGCUCAGAAGAAAACAAUGGCGGCCUUACGGCAGCUGAGACAGUUAUCUCAUGAGGUUUCUCAGCCCAAUGUCACUGGUUGGGGCAGACGACCUGCAGCACUACGAGCGCUAAGUCAGAGACUGAGCCGGGGUUUCAAUGAGGCACUCAAUGGAUUUAGUGAUGAGGGGUGGUCAAUGAUUGGCAAUGAUGGUAUAGAUGACGUUACAAUCAUGGUUAAUUCAUCUCCUGACAAGUUAAUGGGACUAGAUCUUUCCUUUGCCAAUGGAUUUCCAUCUAUCAGUAAUGCUGUGUUGUGCGCCAAAGCAUCUAUGCUAUUGCAGAAUGUGCCUCCAGCCAUUCUCCUAAGGUUCUUGCGGGAACACAGAUCAGAAUGGGCAGACAACAACAUGGAUGCUUACUCAGCCGCUGCCAUUAAAGUUGGUCCAUGUAGCUUGCCAGGGUCCCGUGUGGGAAAUUAUGGAGGUCAAGUUAUACUUCCUCUGGCUCACACUAUUGAGCACGAAGAGUUUCUUGAAGUGAUUAAACUGGAAGGGUUAGCACAUUCCCCUGAAGAUGCGAUCAUGCCCAGAGAGGUGUUUCUUUUGCAACUCUGUAGCGGAAUGGAUGAGAAUGCUGUUGGCACUUGUGCUGAACUUAUAUUUGCUCCAAUUGAUGCAUCCUUUGCUGAUGAUGCCCCGCUUUUACCUUCUGGGUUCCGUAUUAUUCCUCUUGAUUCUGGGAAGGAAGCAUCCAGUCCAAAUCGCACCCUUGAUCUUGCAUCUGCACUUGACAUUGGUCCCACUGGGAAUAAACAAUCUAAUGAUUAUUCUGGAAACUCUGGCUGCAUGAGAUCUGUUAUGACUAUAGCAUUUGAAUUUGCAUUUGAAAGUCAUAUGCAAGAUCACGUUGCAACAAUGGCACGGCAAUAUGUUCGUAGCAUUAUAUCAUCAGUCCAAAGGGUGGCAUUAGCGCUUUCUCCUUCACACCUGAAUUCUCAAGCUGGGCUUAGGCCACCGCUGGGUACUCCUGAAGCACAGACACUUGCUCGUUGGAUAUGCAACAGUUAUAGGUGCUACUUGGGCGUGGAACUACUCAAAUCCAGUAAUGAGGGAAAUGAUUCCAUCCUUAAGUCCUUGUGGCAUCACUCAGAUGCAAUACUGUGCUGCUCUCUAAAGGCAUUGCCUGUCUUCACUUUCGCAAACCAGGCAGGGCUUGAUAUGCUGGAGACUACUUUAGUUGCACUGCAAGACAUUGUUUUGGAGAAGAUAUUUGAUGAACAUGGACGAAAAAUUCUCUGUUCAGAGUUUCCUCAGAUCAUACAACAGGGUUUUGCAUGCCUUCAAGGAGGCAUCUGUCUCUCGAGCAUGGGGAGGCCAGUGUCCUAUGAGAGAGUGGUGGCUUGGAAGGUGCUGAAUGAGGAAGAGAACGCUCAUUGUAUCUGUUUUAUGUUUAUGAACUGGUCCUUUGUUUGAAGUUAUGUCUAGAGACUAAGAAUUGAACCAGUGUUGAAGAUGAAUCAUUCUGUACUCUCAAGACCUUGUGUUUUGUUGGUUGUUCUUCUGUAUUUAUAUUCCGCCGAGACUUUGGAUUGCAUAUGAAGACAAUAUGUUAGUUUGUUUAGUUUA